AAGAGAGCCAGCCAGUCACAAGGGAUCUUUCCAACUAUUAUAAAACCAUCUUGUCAUUGUUCCUUGCUUUCUUUAACUACUGAAGAAUUAGAAGAGGAGGAUCACUCGGUCUAAUCCAAGGUCUCAAGAAAUGUAUACUACAGAAUGUGGUGGUGGAGAAGAUUCAUACAAUAAUUAUACGAGAUCUGUAAGUUGUGAACCAUCUAGCUACUCAGUGAGAUGGAGUUCGGAAAUGGGAUAUUGUGAUGCACCUCCACUGUCAUGCUGUCCUCCUGUGCAGAGAUAUUGUCCUCCAAGACAAAAAUACUGUCCCCCUAUCCAACAGUGUUGUUCUCCAGUACAAAAGUACUGUCCUCCUGUCAAAUCCUGUUGUCCUCCUGGACAGAAGCGUCUUCCACCUGCCCAAUGGUGUCCUCCAGUGCAGAAGUGCCGUCCACCUGUAUGUUGUCGUCCUCCAGUACAGAAGUACUGUCGGCCCGUCCAGCGGUGCUGUCCACCUCAGCAAAAAUAUUGUCCACCAGCCAAACCAUGCUAUCCACCUCAGCAAAAAUAUUGUCCACCAGCUCAGUCCUACUGUCCACCAGCCCAACCGUGCUAUCCACCUCAACAAAAAUAUUGUCCACCAGCCCAGUCCUACUGUCCACCAGCCCAACCGUGCUAUCCACCUCAACAAAAAUAUUGUCCACCAGCCCAGUCCUACUGUCCACCAGCCCAACCGUGCUAUCCACCUCAACAAAAAUAUUGUCCACCAGCCCAGUCCUACUGUCCACCAGUUGAAAGUCAGAGAUGGAACAACAAGCAAACUAGUGCGUGUACCAAAUACGAAGUUAAGUGCCCAGUGCCCUACAAUAUUUUAAAGGGAUUAAAAAUUACAUGUUUUAUUCAAGUUCAGCUGAAGGUUUAUGUGAAUGUGUGA